AUGAAUCUUAUCUAUACCUCUCUCUUACAACUCAUGCUUCAUCGUAUAUACACAACUUAAUUUGUCUCGGACCCAAUUUCCCAGUCAAGAUGAAAAGGAGUUGUCAGCAAAGAUGCUCGACUGCACAUAUUAUUUUGUCAUGAAACAAUGGAAAGGGAUAGGAGAAACGUGCAUGUAACAACAUCUGAGAGGAGCACAAAAUAAUCACAUAAAAGUGGAGGGAACGGGCGCCACCCAGCCCGUUGACCCAUGAAACCAAGCUGGUUUUGGAGGCAAUCAUUGAAGAACUGAGUCGAACGAGGAGGAGGAACUCGAUGUUCCUCCCAUCAAAUGUAUGGAAGUGGAACGUCGGUGGUGUGGUUGUUGACUAGAACGAGAAAGAGGAGGAGAAGCUUAAAAGAGAUAUAGUUAACGACGUUUCUUUUAAUUGUGCAUUUAGCUAGAUCCAAACAGAAGAGCGGAUCAGCUCAUGUCUGCUGGAUCUCGAUCCGUAACCAUCGAAUGAAAUGAUCCGACCCGUUUAAUUUGACUGGCGGAAUUAUGGGUCGAGUAUACAGACCCGCUAGCAAGUCGGGUCGGAUCUAAACACAACUUUAAACGUUUUAGGGGGGCUGAGGCAGUGAAUAAGGUUUCUGUGAAAUAUUUAGCUUGUUUGGGGAUCUAAACACAACUUUUAACGAUUAGUUGUUCUUCAUACUUGUGUCAUUAUCCUAAAUUAGGUUUGCUGUGAAAUAUUUAGCUUGUUUGGGGAAACAAUCAAAGAUCAUCAUACGAGGUUGUUUCUCGUUUGAGAGAUGCAUUGCGUGUGCUUGAGCUGUCCGAGAUGUCUAGGGUUUGAUAUGUUUUUGUGGUGUAUGGUGACUUGUUAUUUUGUUUCUUUUCAUGUAGAUAUCUGUUUAUAAUUCGUUUGCAUCCUCUUUUUUUUCAGAUCUGAAAGUGAAAUCACUUGGUCCUUGGAUGUUUCUGCUUCUGUUUCUUGUCGUUCCGAACUUGGCUCAGUCCCAGAUACUCUUCCAGGGCUUCAACUGGGAGUCGUGGAGGCAACAAGGCGGUUGGUAUAACUUCUUGAAAGACAAAGUCUCUGAUAUAGCCAACGCUGGAGUCACCCACGUCUGGCUGCCUCCGCCCUCGCACUCUGUCGGCGUUCAAGGUUACAUGCCGGGGCGGCUCUACGACUUGGGUGCUUCCAAGUAUGGGAAUCAGGAUGAGUUGAAGGCGCUGAUCGGCGCUUUCCACGACAAGGGAGUCAAAUGCGUGGCCGACAUCGUCAUCAACCAUCGUUGCGCAGACAAGCAAGACGGGAGAGGCAUAUGGUGCAUCUUCGAAGGCGGAACCGAUGAUGCCCGCCUCGACUGGGGUCCACACAUGAUCUGUAGGGACGACACACAGUACUCCGACGGCACCGGCAACCUCGACACCGGCGAGGGCUUCGCGGCGGCUCCCGACAUCGACCACCUCAACACGCAGGUCCAGCGUGAGCUCACGGACUGGCUGAAUUGGCUCAAGACUGACAUCGGCUUCGACGGGUGGAGGCUUGACUUUGCCGAGGGUUACUCCUCAAGCAUCGCCAAGAUCUACGUCGAACAGACGCAGCCAAACUUCGUGGUGGCUGAGAUCUGGAAUUCAUUAGCUUACGGAAACGAUGGGAAGCCAGCAUACGAUCAGAACGGCAACCGCCAAGGGCUGGUUAAUUGGGUUCAGCAGGUCGGAGGCCCAGCGACGGCCUUCGAUUUCACCACAAAGGGAAUACUACAAGCUGCCGUGGAAGGUGAACUGUGGAGGAUGCGUGAUCCCCAGGGGAAGGCGCCCGGCAUGAUGGGGUGGUGGCCGGAGAAGGCUGUCACCUUCGUCGACAACCACGAUACCGGUUCGACGCAAAGGUUGUGGCCUUUUCCUUCUGAUAAGGUCAUGCAAGGCUACGCUUAUAUACUCACGCAUCCGGGAGUCCCUUCCAUCUUCUACGACCACAUGUUCGACUGGGGAUUGAAGGAGAAGAUAACUCGGUUGGCUAAAACCAGAACACGAAAUGGAAUUCAUUCGGGUAGCGCUCUCAACAUUCUGGCCUCUGAUGCUGACCUCUACAUGGCAAUGAUCGAUGGGAAGAUAUUGACAAAGCUAGGCUCGAGAUACGACGUGGGGAAUCUCGUUCCUUCCAACUUCCACGUCGUUGCCUCUGGCAAUGACUACUGCGUGUGGGAGAAGAGAUGAAGAUGAUGAUGAAUCAAGGAAGAGACUUUUCGCUUUCUCGUAUGUGUUGUAAGUAAGAAAAAAAUAUCGUGUUCCCACAUGUACAUUUAUCCAUCCUGCUUGAGAAAAGUUAUAGAAAUGCUAUUUUAUAUAAUUUGAUGGUUUAAUGAUUCGCUUACUGCACAGCUGACUUGUGUUGACCAGCAACCUGUUGUAUAAUUUUUAUGGUAAAACCUGUAGAUGAGUUGGCCACAGUACAUAUUAGUUCUAGAUGAUUAUUGAUUAUGUUAUUUUCUUCUGCUGAGUGCAGCUUUUUUCAAUUAUUCA